AUGGAUAUUGGAAAAGUUGACAAAAUUAUAGAGAAUACUCCAAGAAGAGAUAAAAAAACUAUCUUUUUGUUUGACGUAGAUGGAACGCUUACGGAAUCCAGAUCUCCAAUAUCUAGGAAGAUGAAGGAGAUGCUAAAGGAGGUUAAAAAGAAGGUUCUCCUAGGAUUUGUGGGUGGAUCAGAUCUUUCAAAGCAAAAGGAGCAGAUUGGAGACGAUCUUCUUGAGCUAUUUGAUUAUGGAUUUCCAGAAAACGGUCUCAGCUUCUACAAGAAAGGAGCUCUGAUGUCUCAGAAAAAGAUAAUUAACGUCCUCGGAGAGGAACUCCUUAAAGAGUUUUCCAACUUUGUCCUAGAGUAUCUUACUAAGCUCGAAAUCCCCAUGAAAAGAGGUAAAAAUUUUGUUGAGCAUCGAAACUCAACAAUCUAUAUAAAUUUAAUAGGAAGACGUUGCAACAGAAAGGAUCGUAGAAAGUUUUUGGAAAUUGAUGAGAGGGGAAAGUUCCGAGAAAAAAUGGUUGCUGCGAUGAGAGAAAGAUUCAAGGACACUUGUCUAGUGUUCUCUAUUGGAGGAGAGGUAUCAAUUGAUUGCUUUCCGAAGGGCUGGGACAAGACAUACUGUUUGAGACACAUAAAGAGGGAGGGAAUCGAGAAUGUAUACUUCUUUGGAAACAUGACCCAAGAGGGAGGAAACGACUACGAAAUCUACAUCCAUAAGGAUGUCCAUGGAACAACCGUUAAAAACCCUGAUGAUACUUAUGAAAAGGUAAGGCAGAAGCUGAAAGAUCUGAAGCUUGGGGAUAUGGACAAGAAUUAA